GAUGAAAUAUGGCACUAGAGAGAGGUGGAAUGCCCGUUAGGUAGCUUCAAUGUUCGGGGGAGGAAGAGAAGGCAGUUGGUGGACCAGCAUGAGAUAAUGUAUCGCAUUUAUUUGGAUCACAUGACCAUGGACCAGAGAGCUACAGAGCAGUUUAGUGCAGCCCCGCGGCAUAUCGGUAUGUACACUGUGCUGAUAAUCGAUUUUACCCGCAAAUCAACAUUGCUAUCCCAUACCACCAGAAAAUCCUAGGAUCAUUCUCUGAAAUGGCCGAAGUAAUGCCAUCAGCCCCCACUGAGUCGUUGGCCCGCCAGAUCAUCUAUUGCGGGGUUUGCACACUGCCUCCAGAGUAUUGUGAGUUUGGAGGAACGGCAAAGAAAUGUGAGGAAUGGCUGAAGGACAACCAGCCGGAACUGUACCAGCGACUCCAUUCUGAAGAAACCAUUAGCGCCAAUUUAUCGACACUUUCCGUAUCUGCCCAGGAGCGCGCAGCAAAAGACGCUGCUAAGAAAGAGGCAAAAGCUGCUCUAGCAGAAGCACGCGAUGCGGAGCGCAAGGCUGCCUCCAAGGUCCAAAUCAAGCGUGUCGAACGGAACAAACGCAAACACGUCACCGUCAUCGCAGGUUUAGAGGUAUACGGGUUGGAAAAUAAGAAAGUUGCCAAGGAGCUCGGUAAGAAGUUUGCAACGGGUUCUUCAGUGACGCGGUCUGCCGCGGGGAAUGAGGAAAUUACAGUCCAGGGUGAUGUGAGUGACGAUGUUCAGGACUGGCUAUUGGAGGUCUAUGGAAAGGAGAUCCCGGAGGCCAACAUUGAGAUUAUUGAGGACAAGAAAAAGAAGGGGGGCAGUUAACGAAUGGUGGAACUAUCUCGGGUGCACAGCGGAUAUGCAUAAUACGCAAAUUUAUUGUUGCAUGUUGGGUAUCAUGUCGAUAAUAUA